UUUGCUUUCAGUGGCAUCAGCAAUUAUCCACCAUACUUACUUUAAAUUCUUUCUGCUUUUUGAUGCAAGAAUUGAAAAUUUGUCAUCAGUGAGCCAUGCAUUUAUAAUAAAUUAUCGAUUUAUUGUGGUGAAUUUGAGUUUUAUGCUAAGAUCAGAAAUUAUUUUAUAAAAUCGCUGGUAUUAUUUUAUUCUUGGUAAAUUUUAACAAAUUAUACAUUCACAUAAGCAUGGAUUCAGGAUUAGAGCAAAGUAUGAAUGCUCUCAAGCAAGAUCUCAUUGCUCUUGAGGCCAAUAGACGGGUAUAUGUUCAUGAGAAGUAUAUUAAAGACGAAAUUCGAUUAUCAGAAUGUAUUGAUGAUAUCUUAGACUUGCACACAGAAGUGUUCCUGAUUCCUGAAACUAAGAAGAAGCCAGACGAAAUGAAGAAUGGACAUGCCUGUUCAAGUAAUAAAACAAAGCACACUGCGAGUGAAACGGGUGACUUGCGAAAUAAGUCAGAAGAUUCUUCGAAAAAACCAUUUUGCAUUAUGGAAAUCCCAGAACACUCUGCGAUCGAAUCGGAUGAUUUUGAGGGCGAAUCUCAGAAUACUGACGAUAAUACAAGAAACGACGAAUAUGAAUUGGGGAAGAAGGCUUUCAUAGAUCUCAUUAAAGAUAAGGAGAUAGAAAUGUCUCGGUUAGUAAAGACUUUGAUAGACAAAUUUGUUCAUUUCUCGGGCAAACUUGAAGCCGUGAAAGAUGAGAAAUAAUUUCGGAAGCCAGAAGUCAAGAAAUGAAAGCUAGCCCAAAUAUCAUACAUUUUUGUGA